AUGGCGCUGGAGAACUCGGUCUUCCCCUCCCGCCCGGACUCCCUCUCGCUGCCGGUGGAGGAGAAGGGGGAAGGGGAGGAGGUGGAGGUGGCCACCGAGGCCUCGGCGGGAGUCUUCAACGUGUCCGAGGAGCUGGGCCACGUCGUCACCACGGAGACGACUCCAUCACCUCCCCCCUCGGCGAAGGUCAACAGGUCGUUCCAGUCCAAGCUGGCCGAGCGAGAGGCCAACGCCAAUCAGCGCAUCAAGAAGACCCAGGGGACGGAGAAGGAGAGGGGACGCUUCGGGUGGGCCCGGGCUCGGCGCAAGAGGCAACGCUACGUGGAGAAAAACGGCCGCUGCAACGUGCAGCACGGCAACAUGCGCGAGACGUACCGCUACCUGACCGACAUCUUCACCACACUGGUGGACCUCAACUGGCGCUGCUCGCUCUUUGUCUUUGUCAUGGCCUACGCCGUCACAUGGCUCUUCUUUGGGGCCAUCUGGUACCUCAUAGCCUACUGUAGGGGUGAUCUGGACCAUCUGGAGGAUGAGACGUGGACGCCGUGCGUCAACAAUGUCAACGGUUUCAUCUCGGCCUUCCUCUUCUCCAUCGAGACGGAGACCACGAUAGGCUACGGCCACCGUGUCAUCACCGACCAGUGUCCGGUGGGCACCAUGCUGCUGCUGCUGCAAGCUAUACUGGGAUCAAUGGUCAAUGCCUUCAUGGUCGGCUGCAUGUUUGUAAAGAUCUCGCAGCCCAACAAGCGAGCCGAGACGCUGGUGUUCUCCAAACACGCCGUCAUCUCCCUGAGAGACGACAAGCUCUGUCUGAUGUUCAGGGUGGGCGACCUUCGGAGUUCCCACAUCGUAGGAGCCAACAUGAGGGCCAAGCUCAUCAAGUCUAAGCAGACCCAGGAGGGUGAGUUCAUCCCCCUGGACCAGACAGACAUCAGCGUGGGCUUCGAGACGGGCGACGAUCGUCUCUUCCUGGUCUCACCAUUGGUGAUCUCCCACGAGAUCGACGCUCGCUCUGCCUUCUGGGACAUGUCGCAGGCCCAGCUGGAGAAGGAGGACUUUGAGAUCGUGGUCAUCCUGGAGGGAAUGGUGGAGGCGACCGGGAUGACGUGCCAGGCGAGGAGCUCAUACCUGGCCGAGGAGGUGCUGUGGGGUCACAGGUUCAGCCCCAUGAUGUCGCUGGCGGAGGGCUUCUUUGACGUCGACUACGGAGCCUUUCACCACACGUUUGAGGUGGACACGCCCUCCUGCUCAGCUCGAGAGCUCUCAUUGGCUGCAGCGAGGCUCGACGCUCACCUCUACUGGUCCAUCUCCAGCCGACUGGACGAGGAGCCCACGUUGGCCAACCAGGCGGCCAAGCAGCCGGACAGCGGCUCGGCCAACAGCAAAGCAGGGGAGCCGACCUUCAUCGUCGGGGAGAUGACCGACAUCCAGGAGCAAUCAGGACUGGGCGAGCUGAACGGCAGCGUCGCCACCGACCAAUCCGAAUCAGAGGCCUAG